AUGGCGGAAUCUUUGCCUGGAACUUCUUCAACUCCAGCAAAAACUCCUUCAAAAGAUGAAACUGAUCUUGAAUUGUUAUACCUAAGUUUCAGCCGUAAUUUAGAUAGAUUAACUACUGCUGGUAAUUAUGGUUUCACUGUAUAUAGAACAAUGGAUAAUGAAACACCACGUAUGUACUAUGAACUUUGUCGACGACCACUUCAAAAAGAGUAUACGCUAAUUAUCAAUGAUGUCAUCCUGAUUGAAUGCUUUCCUCCGAUACAUAAAUAUGCAGUGGUAUUAGGCAAAUUUCCAUGUGCAUUACAUUUCUAUGAUAUAACACGUAAUUCAUGUACCGGUAUAACUCAUUUUCCGGGACGAAUUCUUAGCAUAAAAUCAUGUUCACAGAGUAGCUUUGCUGAUCUUCAAUAUUAUGAUGAUAUUGUAUAUCUUAAAACUCCACCCAAUUUUUCGGUUCUUAUGGAUUUAACGGGUGAAGAAAGACCCCAGAUUGCUUAUCCGGAUUCUUCUACCACAGGUUUUGUUGCUAUACACGAUAUUUGCUCUCAUUUACAUGCAAAAAAAUUGAUAAAUGCUCAUAAUCAUCCGAUAGCAGCGUUAUGUUUAAACAAUGAUGCGACAAUGGUCGCAACAGCAUCAAAUAUUGCUACAGUAAUUCGUAUUCAUAAUGUGCGCAGAUGUGAAUGUAUUUUUGUGUUUCGCCGAGGAAUAGCUCGGUCUGUAACCGUACAUUCAAUGGCCUUUAGUGCUGAUUCCAGAUUCCUUUGUUUAACCAGUAAUACGGAAACCAUUCAUGUAUUUAAACUUGAAGGAACUUUACCAAAACUCCUUCUACUGGAAGAUGAAGUAGCACUGCAAAUAGAAGAACGGACAGCACCGCCUCAACCCUUUCGUUGGAGUGAUUAUUUAGCUGGGUCUAGUCGUGCUGCAGCGGAAUAUUUAGCACCAACGAGAGAUUUUGCUUCAGCAAUUUUACCGGAGAUUGGAAAUUUGAAUGUAGCUGGUUUAAAAAAGAUUGGCGGUAGAUUGCAUCUAUUAGCAGCUACUUCUACCAGGAAAUUCUUCUCAUUUGAAAUCAGCGAAGAAGGGGGCAUUGCUAAAUUGAUAAAUAAUGGUGGAAAGCUUAGUACUAAGGUAUAUCCUUGA